AAAAGGAGACUAGUACUAGCAAGGCUAGCCAGCCCAUGGUGUUCGACUCGUCUCCAUUUCGCGUCUCCUCCUCCUCCUCCUCCGGCCAUCUCACCCUCCCGGCGAGCAGCGAGCGGGAGGCCUCCGCCACCGCCGCCGCCGCCGCCGCCGUCGCCGCCCGAUGGGGAAGCCGGGGAAGCUAGCGCUGCCCUCGCACGAGUCAACCAUCGGCAAAUUCCUGACGCAGAGCGGGACGUUCAAGGACGGCGAUCUGCUCGUCAACAAGGACGGCCUCCGCAUCGUCUCGCAGAGCGAGGAAGGGGAGGCCCCUCCUAUAGAACCUUUAGAUCAUAAUCAGUUGAGUCUAGAUGAUCUAGACGCAAUCAAAGUUAUCGGUAAAGGUAGUAGUGGAAUCGUGCAGUUGGUUCGCCACAAAUGGACUGGCCAGUUUUUUGCUCUGAAGGUAAUACAACUCAAUAUCCAGGAGAAUAUACGCAGACAGAUUGCGCAGGAAUUGAAAAUCAGCUUGUCAACACAGUGCCAAUAUGUUGUUGCAUGCUGUCAGUGUUUUUACGUUAAUGGUGUCAUUUCAAUUGUUUUGGAGUAUAUGGACAGUGGCUCUCUCUCAGAUUUCCUGAAGACAGUUAAAACCAUUCCAGAGCCCUACCUUGCUGCAAUCUGUAAGCAGGUGCUAAAAGGACUGAUGUACUUACAUCAUGAGAAGCACAUCAUACACCGAGAUCUGAAGCCGUCAAAUAUAUUAAUAAAUCAUAUGGGUGAAGUAAAAAUAUCCGACUUUGGUGUUAGUGCCAUCAUUGCUAGUUCCUCGGCACAACGAGAUACAUUUACUGGGACAUAUAACUACAUGGCGCCAGAAAGAAUCAGUGGGCAAAAACAUGGUUAUAUGAGUGAUAUCUGGAGCUUGGGCCUCGUUAUGCUAGAAUUGGCCACUGGUGAAUUUCCAUAUCCUCCUCGUGAAAGCUUUUAUGAACUCCUUGAAGCUGUUGUCGACCACCCACCACCUUCUGCUCCAUCAGACCAGUUUUCAGAGGAAUUCUGUUCAUUCGUCUCUGCAUGUAUCCAAAAGAAUGCUUCGGAUAGGUCAUCUGCACAAAUCUUAUUAAAUCAUCCAUUCCUGAGCAUGUAUGACGACCUGAAUAUAGAUCUUGCUUCGUACUUCACAACCGAUGGAUCUCCGCUUGCCACCUUCAAUACAAGCAACCGAUAUGAUGACAGAUAGUCUGAUGCAACACUGCGUCAUCAUCUAGCUCGAAGGAUGAUCCUUUGGCUGUCCAUCUGUAGAAUCUACCAUCUACCUAACUGGCCCCAAAUGUUUCGUGUAUUUUUUGGGAGAAAACUUUGCCCUGUGUACUGAGCUGGGAUUGAUGUCUUUGAUAUGUAAAUUUCGCGUAAUUUCAUAUGUAGAACAAUUCUAGGAUCAUUGGGCAUUGAAGUUUUGUUUGGCCGUGCACCAGGAUGAUCUGUUCUUGAUCGCUUUACCUUUGUUUCUCACUUCUGUAACUAAAACCUAUAUUUACCAUUUACCGGAUUGUUCAUGGCCUCUUCUGGGCAAGUCGGUGUCGACUGAAAGUCUCAAA